AACUGCGCAGAGCCAGAACAAACGAAUCCUCCGGCGAAAGUUACGGCGAAGAGACGUCGUCUAACUCCGAUUACAAGGAGAAAACUCAAGGAAAAUUAAACAAGGGUGAGAUGGGAAACCAGAAAUUAAAGUGGACGGGAGAGGAAGAGGAGGCGUUACUCGCCGGAAUUGGAAAGCACGGUCCUGGUAAGUGGAAGAAUAUUCUCCGGGAUCCUGAAUUCGCUGAUCAGCUCAUCCAUCGCUCCAAUAUCGACUUAAAGGAUAAGUGGCGUAACUUGAGUGUUGCCCCUGGUACUCAAGGUUCAACUAAUAAGGCACGACCCACAAAAGUCAAAGAGGAAGGCCCUGCAGUUGCAAUUGAUGAUAUCACUAAUCCACCUCCUAAUACUAUCCCUACUAUUCCACCUCCUCCCAAUCAGCGUAUUUUACCUUCUGAGUUGAUCCCUGAUGAAAAAGGUAACAUUGUGGUGGAUACAAAGAAUGUUCCCAGGUAUGACGGGAUGAUAUUUGAAGCUCUCUCUGCUUUAGCGGAUGGUAAUGGAUCUGAUGUCAGUUCCAUUUUUCAUUUCAUUGAGCCUAGGCAUGAAGUACCGCCAAAUUUUAGGAGAAUCCUUAGUUCAAGACUGAGGAGGCUUGCAGCUCAGAGCAAACUUGAAAAGGUUAGCACCUUCAAAUCUUUGCAGAACUUCUAUAAGAUACCGGAUCCAUCAGGAACAAAAAAACCUGCCCCAAAAACAAAGGAGACACAUACGAAGCUGCGCCAAGCAAACAAUCAGGCUUCUGCUAUUUCACUACAGAUGAUCGAGGAAGCUGCAAUAACCGCUGCCUGUAAAGUCGUAGAGGCAGAGAAUAAAAUAGACGUAGCCAAACUAGCAGCAGAAGAGUUUGAGAAGAUGAGUAAACUUGCCGAAGAAACCGGAAAACUCCUGCUGAUAGCUAAUGAGAUGCAUGAACAAUGUUCUGGUGGCGAGCCUAUGCUCUUGGCUUGAGUCUAUGGGACAUUCCUUGUAGCUCACCAGUCUCUCCGUUAAUAUAUAAACAAAAUUAAUUUACUAGACGUUGGCUCUGUUUGUGAGUAAUUUCAGAGUCUGCUUUUUGUUUUGAUUUCCGGAACCUAUAAUACAUAUUACUUCAACUU